AAGAUUAUUACCGAUGGACAACUGCAUCCUGUCCUCCCUCUCGCUCCCUCCCGGGUCCAGACAUGUCACGGACGCAGGGUCCAGCUCACCGACUCCUAAAGACUCGACCCUUCCAGAACCCAAAGGACUUGUCAGCCCUCCCAUCAUCACGAGUGACCCGGAGAGGCCGAAUACGAGGAGUUCUGACUCUGCGAGGCAAAGGCUGAAGCAAGAAAGGGACUCCGGCAGCCGUUCGCUGCGGGGUAAGGACAGGAACGUGCAGAACUCGACGAAGGCGCGUCACGAAACCAUCGACCUGACUGUGUCCAACGAGGCUGCGGACACAGAUUCAGAGGAGAGCAACCUGAGCUUAUCGGCACCUCGGAGGCUGAGGAAGAGGAAGCUGAGCGGAGGUGUGGACGUUCCUGCGAAGAAACCCGUGGAGGCUUCAGCUUUCUUGGAUUCCUCCGUAGACGGUGAAAAUUCCAGUGAAUCUCCUCUCAUCUCCAUUUGGGGAGAAUAUACAGAUUCUCAGGAACGUGCUUUUCCGGUGGCAGUGGACUCGAAGGUUCCCUGGUCAGACGACGAGACGCUCCACCUGCUUGACAUUUGGGGGAAGGACUCCGUGCAGCGAGCGCUGAAGGGCUGCUUGAAAAACCGACACAUUUUCACUCAGAUCGCGCAGAAGAUGGCCGAGAGGGGCCACAUGAGAACGGUGGAGCAGUGUCAGACGAGGAUCAAACGGCUAAAGAAAUGCUUCCGCCGGAGCAAUCGGGGGAACUCGAGGCAAGAUCAUAAAUUUUAUUCAAAGCUGGAGCAGAUUCUCAGCUCCUCGGCUGCUCCUGAGGUAAGCUACGACGUGGAGGAAGUCAUCGAUGAAGACGAGUCCCAGGACGGUGAUGAAGACUUGCAGUUUAUCGGCCAGACUGGCCAGCUGGAGAUUGGAACUAGAAGUGUGCCGUGGACAGACUUGGAGACCUUGGCCCUCAUCAACAUUUGGGGCGCAGACAAAAUGCAACUGGAUCUGAGAGGAGUGAACAGAACUGGACACAUUUUUUCCACCAUAUCCAGCCAGCUGGCCUCCCUGGGCUUCUCCCGGACACCCGAGCAGUGCCAGACGAGGCUGAAGAGACUCAAAUCAGGCUUCAGGCAGUGCUACCAAAACAAUCUUAAGGGACAAGAACAAGUUCGGUGCAAGUUUUACAACGAGCUGGGAAGAAUUUUAGUGAAGGACUUUGAGUCGUUGAUGCAGCUGGACGAAAUGUCACUUGAGGCUGAAGAAUUUCCUCCCUACCAGGAGAUGGAGUCCACUGUGGGGGUUCAGGAGGACCGGAAGAAAGUUCCGUGGUCCGACAAAGAGACCAUCAUCCUGCUGGAGAUAUGGGGAGACACUCAGGUCCAGCAGGGUUUGAGGCGCUACCCGCACAACGGUCACAUCUUCAGCGAAGUAUCUGAGAAGCUCAAUGCUAACGGUUUCUCCCGCACCCCUGAGCAGUGCCACACCAGGAUCAAACGUCUGAAAUCCAACUAUCGCCAGUGUAAAGAAACCAUGAGUUCGUCUGGGACGGAUCGAGUCGACUUUAAAUUCUACGAUCUGCUGGAACAAAUCCUAGAAAAGCAGCCGUCGACGUCAUCCACCGUGGUGACCGACUCCAUCGAAAUAUCAGAAGACUCAAACCAAGAGUCAGUAGCUGAAACGGAUGCAGAAACUCGAGAGUCGAGAGAAAGAGCAGCGUCUGGCUCGUGGUCGGAGGAGGAGACGUUGGCGCUUAUUGAGAUCUGGGGGGAAGAGGACGUUCAGAAGGCGCUCGGGGGUUUCAUCCACAACGACAACGUUUACGACGAGAUCUCAGAGCGGCUGCACGACUUCGGCUUCUCCAAAACUCCCGAGCAGUGCUGCUCAAAAAUCGAGUCCCUGCGGGUCAACUUCCAGCAGUGCUAUGAGAAGAAAAAAUGUGGAAGGAAAGUAGACUAUAAGUUCUACCAACAUCUGGAAGAAAUCCUGGGACAGGAGGCAACUUCUAUUGACGAGUAUGACGAACAGAACGAACAAGCUGACCCAGAUCCAGGAGUUGCGGACGCCGUGAACGCGCCGUGGACCGACGAGGAGACGAUCUCUCUCGUUGAGGUGUGGGCUGCUGACGACGUGCAGCACAGCCUGAAGACCUGUGUUCGUAACGGGCACAUAUUUGCAGAGAUCGCUGAGAAAAUGGCCACACUGGGCUACCUGAGGACCGCGGAGCAGUGUCAGAUUCGCAUCAGACGGCUGAAGAAAGCGUACAGACGGUACUGCAACAACCGGAGAAAUGGAGGACAACCUACAGCGUUUCGAUACUUUAACCUUCUCGCCCCGGUGCUUGGCGAUGACUUGCUGUUUACGGAUGCCGACAGUUCUGCAGCUGAUGCCACGUUAGAGCACAUUCUGGAAGCUGAUCCUGCCUUGUACGAGCAGCCGUCGACCAGCCACCUCCUGACCGACAUGAGCAGGAAGAUGCCCUGGUCGGACCUGGAGACUCGCACGCUGCUGGAGCUCUGGGGUGAAGACGACGUCCAGCUCACCCUGAGGGGCUGCCUGAAGAACCGACAUGUAUUUGAUUACAUCUCAGAGAAGAUGGGCAACCACGGGUUCAUAAGGACCACGGAGCAGUGCUACACCCGCAUAAAGCGUCUAAAAUACGGCUUCGUCCACGAGAAGGCGGAGUUUAAAUUCUUUCGUGAGAUGGAUAAAAUCUUCAGGAAGGAGCUGCGAGUGGACGACUCUGCUGCCGAAACAUCGUUUGGAGUCGAAGACGACGACUGCGCGUCUGAACUGAGCCAAGUGAAAGGUUCGACCGCUUCAGGUAACCAGUGGGUGUCUGACAACCCCAAACUGGCUUGGGGGGACAGAGAGACCGAGACCCUGCUGGACAUCUGGGGGAGCGAGGAGAUCCAGGAGAACGUGAAGAGCAGUGCCAAGAACAAACACAUCUACAAACAGAUCUCUCAGGCGAUGGCCAGCCAGGGCUACCUGCGCACGUCUGAGCAGUGCCAGUCCAGGAUAAAGAGGCUGAGGGCCAACUUCAGACAUUUCCUGGAAGGACGACAAGGAGAGAAACAGGAGUGCAAGUUUUUUGACCAGAUGCUGCAGAUAUUUGGCAACAAGUAUGUUAUGAACUCCGAGUCCCUGGCUGAUGAUGCACCUGAAGUCAUAGAGUCGUAAAGUCGCUCGUCUUCACGACGACUCAGCAGCCGGCGAGCAAGCGAGGAUCAUUCAGACGAACGAAGGAGUUAAAGUCGCAAUAUUUACUGCUGUACCCGAAAGGGAACGGGGGCUGUUUGAGCUCCUUGUAAAUACUGAAAUACUUUUACAUUCUUUAGAGAUGCAGACGUACUUCAGUCUGAUCUCCAGUGUGUGUGUGUGUGUGUGUGUGUGUGUGUCCGUCCUCCGGAGUGUCCUGGGAUGAUUAAGAACAGAGCCACGACUCGGGACGCUCAGGAGCAAAAAUAAACGAGUGAAAGUCAAACAAAGCUCAACGAGAACGUUUCUUUUGUAGUCAAACAUUUUUACUUGAACUUAAAGUGACCGAUUCAAAGCACAUGUGA